UCUUCGUUCGUUACCGGCUCUUGUCGCGAGCGCAUCAAAAAUGUCUAUUAAUUGUUUUAUAAGUGCAUCGCCGUUGCUUCAAUAUUUGAACUGGACCACUUCUAUCAUUACCGAGUGUAAAACUAUCGUGUGUCAGGCCGGCUGCAGGUGUUUAAGGACCAUAAUUUAAGUGAACUACAUUCGUGAAGGAACUUUGGGGGCAGUCGCUGUCUAUGUGAUGACCAAAUGAGGUUAUGUUUCCCGUGCAACUAGUGAUGUGCGUGCGAACGAGUGAGUGUUGUGAGUGAUGUGAUGUGACGGUGAGUGACAGCGGUCAGCAUGCUGCCCACGCUGCUGGUGCUGCUCGGGGCUGCGCUGGGAGCUAUGGCUGCUAAGAAUGUGCCUAUGACGCAAGUGGUGGCGGUCGCUGGCGAGCCAGUCUACCUUCCGUGUGACAUCAGCACGCAGGACGAGGUCGAUGCUGUACUGCUGGUACUGUGGUACAGGGAGGACCUGGGCACGCCUAUAUACAGUGUGGAUGCUCGUGAACGAGAUUUUGGGGUCGCCGAACGCUGGUCUGAUGAAAGCGUCUUCGCAUCAAGGGCAUACUUCCUACCCGAGAGGAAACCAGCUGAACUCGGCGUAGACAGGGUGAAGGCUUCAGACCAGGGCGUGUACAGAUGUAGAGUAGACUUCAAGCAAGCUCAGACGAGGAAUUCAAGAGUCAAUUUGACUGUUAUUGUGCCACCAAGCAAAAUGACUAUAACCGACGAAAGAGGGGACGUCAAACAAGCUAUAGUCGGACCCUAUGUUGAGGGAGACUCUUUCACGCUCAAGUGUGAGGUGACUGGAGGCCGUCCCCGACCAUGGGUGAAAUGGUACAGAGACGAGAUCGAGACUGACACACCGGCUACCCCGUUGCCCAAGAACGGGGUCCGUGGGGUCAUACACGUGGGCCCUCUGACCCGCGCCGAUGUCCGGGCGGCCCUCACUUGCAGAGCGUCCAACCACCCAAGGGCACAUCCUAUUGAGACUACUCUUACAUUAGAUAUGAACUUUCCCCCGCUAACUGUCCACAUCUUGGGCUCCAACCAGCCGUUGUCAGCCAAGAGGAGGUACGACCUUCUCUGUCAGAGCUCAGGGUCGCGACCGCCCGCGUCUAUCACCUGGUGGAAGAACGGACAAAGAAUCAACAACGCUAAGGAAACUUUAUCGAGUGACGGGAACACAACGACGUCGACAGUGUCCCUUCAGCUAACGAAGGCUGACGCCGGAGCCAAGUUGGCGUGUCGCGCGUCCAACCAACAGAUGCUGAAUUUGGCGCCAUUGGAGGACGAUUGGACCCUGGAUAUACAAUAUGUUCCAGAGACUGUGGUGCGAUUGGGCACGAAUUUGGACCCUAAGAACAUUCGAGAAGGGUCUGACGUUUAUUUUGACUGCAUUAUCAGGGCACACCCCUAUGUUUACAAAGUGGAAUGGAGACACAAUGGUAAACCACUUCUCCAUAACGUGGGUCACGGAGUUAUCAUCAGCAAUCAAUCACUGGUGCUGCAGGGCGUCGGCAGACGGACGGCUGGGAACUACACGUGUGUUGGAUUCAACGCUGAGGGUGACGGGGAGAGUAACCCAUUCUCUUUGGAUGUUUUGUAUGCACCGACCUGCAGAAGUUCGCAGCAGAGGGUGCAUGGCGUCGCCAAGCAGGAGCGAGCUCACAUAACGUGCCACGUGGACGCAAACCCACCAGAGGUUGUGUUUCGAUGGACCUUCAAUAAUACAGCGAACAGCAACGAGGUCAGUGACACGUACGUGUCUAGAGCGGGCACCAGCUCCACGGUCACCUACACGCCCCACACAGAAAUGGACUACGGGACACUGCUCUGCUGGGCUCACAACAAGAUUGGGAAACAGAGGGUCCCCUGCGUUUACCAUAUCAUAGCUGCUGGUCGACCAGACCAAGUCCACAACUGUACAGUUGUGAACGCUUCCCUAACCUCAUUCGGGAUACGAUGCUCUGAGGGCUUCAACGGUGGUAUGCCGCAGUCCUUCUUGCUUGAAGUACGCGAAAUCGUCUCUCAGGCUAUCGUCGCCAACGUAUCCAGCGCAGUUCCCCGCUUCACGGCCGUCGGUCUGUCUCCUGGCAGGACUUACGCUGCUGCAGUCCUAGCUUACAAUGCCAAGGGCAGAGGAGACCCUUACCCUUUGAGGGCCAGCACACUGAGGCCACCGGAGAAACACCAUGUGCACGACAAGAGUUUAGACCUGCCAAGAACAGCGUUUCAAAUGUCGGGAGCGAUGUCCGCCGCUGUCGGCGGGGGCGGGGUACUGAUGGUAGUGUUGGUCCUGUUCAUGAUCGCAGUACGCCAGAGGUGUGCCAAGAGGAAACCCAGGUCUGCCCCCCCUCCGUCCUCCCAGCCGGCCUCCCCGGAUAAGCUUAGGGAGAAAGAUGACAGCGAGAGUGAUGAUCGAAACCCGGAUAUAAUACCCUCUGAUACUGAUCAGAUGCAGCUGGACUACUACCGCCAGCAGCAAGUGUCAACAAUUUCCCCUCCGCCCGGGAGCAGGGGGCCUCGAGGCAGCGUGGCCGGGGUCCGCGGCGGUCUCCCAGGGUACUGCCCCUUGAGGACUGCUCCACCCCCAUCUCAUACUAUACAUGAGAGUCCUGAUACAUUCCAAAACGCGCCGACGGGCAUCCCGCCUCCAGCUCGCUUUGCGGCAGGUUCUUGCACCCUCCCCCGGGGCUCGACCAUCACCGCGGUGCCCAACGACAGCCGCUGCGGCAUCCCCCUCCAACACCUCCGCACCCUCCCGCGGCCCCUCCCCGCGCCCGCGCCCGUCGCCGCGCCGCGCCUCACGCCGCGCGACACGCCGCUCUGACAAACGACACAACUCUAGGACGCAGUGUAAAUAGUGCUCAACGUUUUAAAGAACUCCAAUUUGUAUAGGCAUUUUUAGUAGAACAAGUGACAGGUUGAAGCGUGGUGGAUGUUUUUUUGUGUUAUUUUUAACAUCGUGUAGAUUCGUUGCUAUCAGUGGGCCUAAGUCGGAAUGUUUUUAACAUCAUUAAAAGUCUGAAACUAGGCAUUAUUUUGCAUCACGAUAUUCUGUGCUAACACGUUUUAAACCGAACUUAGUGAAUUAUUAGAUACUUAGUUAGGGUAUAAAAUUGCGUUACUACUAACAUGUAAAGUGGUGUACAUAUUAAAAUUUUUGACUACGAGUAUUACCGUUAUAGAAAUAUAAACGAAGCUAUGUUCAUAAAUUUAUUUUCAGUUGGUGAAUGGUUGUGAAAUAUGUAAAAACCACACGUUUGUUAUAAAAAUAACAUUUUAAAUACUAACUCGAAAAUUACGUACAUACAAAGUUAUUUGACAGGAAAAAGUCAAUUGAAUUAAUUAAAUUACAAUUUCAAUUGAUUGUUUCCUGGUUGUAAAAUAGUGAAUAAUUUAAACGUAAUAGUGAAAUAUAUCAUAAUCACAAAAUGUGAUAAUAUGUUAUAAUGAUAAAUCAGUAUGAUGUCUCAAUUCUUUUGUAUAAAUAUUUUGAUAUGAAAACUAUGGUAUAUACGAGUUGUUUGGACAAUAUAAGAUAAGGCAAGGUUUUUGGUACAUGUAAUUAUAAUAUUAUAUUUCAGAUAUAUAGAUGAUGAAUGCUGAAUAUAUCUUUCAAUCAAAAAUGCAACAUAUGAGCAAGAGCAUAAAAAAAUUUUUCAAAACAUUUUUCUUAUUUUUUUUUUAAAUUAAAAACUCGCUACCUCUUAUGACUUAUCCGCUGUCAUUAAGACCAUACACCAACCACAGUUUCACUGCCAGAAAAAGUUGAUGAGCGCUAUUUUCCCGCUCAUUUUCUCUGCAAAAACUAAUUGAUGUUAUCAUUACACAAGAUUUGAGACGUCUGUUUAUAGUUUGUCCAUUUUAGAGUAUUUUGUAAAUAAAUAUAUUACUGUACAUAUGUUUUGUAUUAUAUAAUUAUUCGUAUUUAAGGGGAUAAAGACCGUAAGUGAUUUUGUGAUGUCGAAAUAGAUAUUUUGCUAUAUAAUAUUCCUUUUCACCUAAUUAGUCAUAUGAGAGUAAAAUAUUAUAGUUUUAUGUUGAUUUAUAUUCUACCUAUACAAAAACAUGGAAUCAAAUCAAAUUAAAUUUAAAACUAAACUUUAAUUACUCUUAAAAAUAAACUAAAUUAAAUAUACAUUAUAUAGCCCAUUAAUGCCUUAGGGCAACGUGCUCAGAAAAUUUGCAGAAUUGCCGAUUUGUUCUUUGGCCAAAGAAGCUUCUAGCCCUUUGGUCACAGGUCACCUCGACCAGUCUUUUUGAAAUUUAUUUCAAACGCCGAUGAACUUGAUGGUCCCUCCCUCCCUCCAGAAGGCUCAAAAAUGUAGUUAUUACAAAAAACCACAUAUUUUCAUGUUUUGAGGACCUCUACAUGUUUUUGUUUUGGUUGGAAUAAAUCGGGUCUUGGAUGUUUAUCUACAUAUGUAUUUAUUAUAAAAUAUAGUAUCGUUGAGUUAGUAUCCCAUAACACAAGUCUCGAACUUACUUUGGGGCUAGCUCAAUCUGUGUGAUUUGUCCUAAUAUAUUUAUUUAUUUAAUCAUGUAAAUUCCACCUAAUACCAUUUUUGAGCUGGUUUAAGAUAUUCAUUCUUUCUUCCUCCUAUAUAGAGGAUCGAGGAAUUAUGAAUAAAAGAACAAUAUUUUGUUUAAUUGAAAAUAUAUGGAGUAUUUUAUUUCGACAUCGCAGUCUGAAAUUACGUACGAAUCUUAGUAAAUAUAAUACGACAAUGGGAAAUCAUCGAAAAAUUAAUAAUUGACAUCUCCAGUUAGAAAAAAGUUAAUAAUUUACAUUCUCAUGUAAUUUGGUUCUUUUUGUUCAUCAUGUGCCUGUACUAUAUUUUAGCUGAUUUGGAUAUUGAGCGAUAGAGCUAGCACGAGUUUUUACAAGUACAUAAUAGGAUAGACAUUGUCAUAACUUUAUACGAAAUAUGAAUAGCACCUCUCAUGUUCAUGCGUAAAGAGGACAAUUAAUUUUCUGUAUAAAUUUUGUUCUCGCAAAUAUUCGUGUUAGUAUAUAGUUUUUGAAGAAAUCGGGCAAAAAUAUAUUACUUCGAAGUAACAUAUUCAUUGAAUACAAAUUUAUGAAGGGUUAUUUAACUUUAUUACAAAAACUGGUAAAUGGCGGACUUCAAGCCUUGAGGCUUUAAUUCCGCCAUCUUGCAUCUUGUGGAAGAUUUGGUUUUUUUUCUAAUUGGAGUAAAGUGUUACCAGUUGUGAAAAUAAUAUUUUGAAUGCGUUUUUAGUUAAGGAUAUGAAAUAUCCAAUUUUGUUGCUAGUUAAUAAUUUUAUCUAUAAUAAAAAAAAAUUGCUUAAGUUUGUUCGUUACGGUGUAAAUAGUUUAAACGAAGUCUUUCUAACUGUCGGAAUGUUUUCACUAAAACUAUUGGGAAAUGAAAAUAAAUGGAAAUAU